UGCUGCAUCCAUAGCGUGAGGAGGAGCAAAAGGAAAAAGGAGAAGCAGCAGAAUCAGUAAGCCUCGCUCCGAUGGACGAGAUCGUCAGCUCAUCACCACCGCAAUUGCCAACGCCUCCUCCAAGCUCCAACGCCGCCACCGGCCGCAGCGCCGGGAGGGACCACCCAGGGACGUCGUCGGCGAUCUCGCGCGCGAAGAAGGAGUGCUUGUCCUUCACCGUGUCGCUGCAGGAAGGUCUUCGCUACGUCAAAGCUCUUCUACUCGGCCAGGCGAAGAAGACGAGGGCGAGGAAUGAGAGGGAAGCGGCCGAGGCCGAUUUGUGGACGGCGAAGAUGCAGGUGGACGCGGCCGACGCGGCCGAGGACGCCAAGAGACGAAUUCACGAUAAAUCCGCUUGAUUUCUUGAUUAGUAGUUUGAGAGACAGUUAAUUAAUUAAUUAUUUUUUUUUGGUUCCUUGGGUUUUUCAUUUCUAGUGAUAACGGCUAGGCAUAUCCGCUUUUAUUAAGUCACAUCGAUUAGGCAAGUUUAUGUCAAUAAAUAAUCAAUGUGUUUUCUUUAGUGGUAAA